GCUCCCCCAAUUCCAUUGGCAGGAAAACCAACCAAGGAAGCCCCCCGGCUUUGGGUCGGCGUCCGUGGGUACCAACCAGUUUAACGAGCUCUCUGUCUCUCUCUCUCUCCCAGACGGCGGCAAGCACCUUGCUUGCGACACAGCCGCAACGCCAAGCGCCCGCGGCCAUCGUCGAUGCCAUGCAUGCGUGCGGUCACAGGAAAGGAGGCUCCGGAUGAUUGCCCCGCAUUGUCGUCUGCUGGGCGUUGCACGCGCCGUGCAUGGUGUCCGAUACACACCAAUCUGUCCUGCUGCUGCUUCCAAGGGCCGGACCCCUCCUCGGCAAUGCGGGCACCAUGAUGACCCCGCGUGCUGUACACUAUAUUGGCAGUGAGUGGCGAGCUUUUGUAGAACGCCUUGCUCUAUUUCGCCUCUUUUGGUAGACGGGUCCCCGUGCCCAGAAUCUCGAUGGCGCCGUAGUAGACAUACGGAGCAUGCCGUAGUAGCGAGGUCGCCUGACUUGCGCGUGUGUGUGUGUAUCCGGAAGUCGGGGUCGGAAGCCAUGCGGCUUACGUUUCAUGUCGGACUCCCAGAAAGACGGAUUGGAGUGGCCGGGGGGUGCCAUCUUCACCUUUAUCGGCGGUAGCAAGGCAGAAGCCGUCAGCUCGGAGGAACAUGGUGGGGUUUUUUUUCUUCUUUCCUUCUCCUUCUCCCUCUUGUUCUUUUUUCGGUAAUCUAAGCUCGUACGCGCCCGUCCCUCGUUCUUCGGUUCGCAUCGAGGUGUGCGGGGGUCCCACCACAGAUAGAAGGCCGGCUAUCAUGUGUCCUGAAUCAUGUGCCGCGGCCGUGUGUGGUGCAUGUUUUGCCCAAAGAGCCAAAGAGGCAUUUUGAGGACUUGGUGGGCGGCCCAAGUUGUGUUGCUUUUAUUCCCUUUUUGGUCGACACGACGGCCCCCCCUUGUCCAUCCGUCAAGACAAACCGACACUAUCGACCCUCUGGUAACAGAAAUGGCGGCGUCCUCCAAGACUAUGAAGGCCGUCGUGUUUGACGCGCCCUACAAGGUUUCCGUCGUAGAUCGGCCUGUGCCCCAGCUCCAGCAUGAUACCGACAUCAUAGUCAAGGUGCACGCCAGUGGCCUCUGCGGAUCUGAGCUCCAUGCGUACCGCGGCCUCGAGCCGUGUGGGAGCGGCUUCGUCAUGGGCCACGAGUUCACCGGCACCGUGACGGAAGCAGGCUCCGCCGUGAAGACGCUCAAAGUAGGAGACAAGGUGGUGGCUCCCUUCACGACUUCGUGCCUGCAGUGCUUCUACUGCCUCAAGGGCGAGACCUCCCGCUGCGAGCAGAGCCAGCUCUUCGGCUCGGCCUCCCUGGACGGCGGGCAGGCCGAGUACGUGCGCGUGCCGCUGGCCGACGGGACCGCCGUCCGGGCGCCGGCCGAGAUCCGCGACGAUCGCGCCCUGGUGCUCAUGGCCGACAUCUGGCCGACGGGCUACUACGGCGCGUCGAGCGCCCUCGCGCUCCUCGGCUGCGACCCGCGCCGGCUCCGGGACGAGGCCGUCGUGGUCGUCGUGGGCUGCGGGCCCGUCGGGCUCUGCGCCGUCGCGGCCCUGGCCGAGCUCGGCCCGCCCAAGCACCUGUUCGCCGUCGACGCCGUCGACGGCCGGCUCGAGGUCGCGCGCGCCCUCGGCGCCGAGCCGCUCAACUACGCCGCCGACCCGGAGGGCAUGCUGAGGCGCGUCAGGGAGGCGGGCGGCGGGCGCGGCGCCGACGCCGUCGUCGAGGUCGUCGGCCUCAGCCCGGCGCUCCGGACCGCCUUUGAUCUGCUGCGGCCGUUUGGGGUUCUGAGCAGCAUCGGCGUGCACAACGGCGAGAUCCCGUGGACUGGUGCCGAGGGAUACGACAAAAACCUCCGGAUCCAGAUGGGGAGAUGCCCGGUGCGGGGGAUCUUCUCGGAGGCGCUCGAGGUGCUCGCCAAGGCGCAGGACAAGCUUGGCUUCAUGUUCGACAAAAUCAUGCCGCUGGAUUCGGCCGUUGAGGCCUAUGACAUGUUUGAUAAGAGAAAGGUGCAGAAAGUCAUCUUUACCCCGUAAAACCGAGAGGUACAUAGUGCAAAUGCCCACACCGUGGGAACGGUGGAUAUGUCAGGAGGCUCUGGCCAACCGUGGUGGCCGCAUGGAGAUGGCCAAGAGUGUACAUAAAAGCAAGGCGCGCGCUGGGUACAAAAAAAGAAGGAGGUAAAGAGAAUAGAGAGAAUAUAGACCCGGGAUGCGGCUGCCUGUUUA